AUGUCGUCCAGUGACAGAGAGCGUAGAUUGCUUGAUAGGGCUCAGCGAAGAGAAGACAUUGCUGCUGGAGUCAUACAACCCACCCGCAGGCAUCGUCAGCAUCGUCCUCAGACACUCGUUAUUGAAGAGAACAACACCUCCGUGGGGCGCUCAGUAUUGGACCCCAUCCUUGCCACAGAUUCGACUUCAAUGGACUCCCCUCUUCUCAGCUUAGUGGAAUCCCCAUUGUCUUCAGUGCCCCCUAGCCCAAGCCCUGAAGCUCAUGAUACUGCUGCCAGUGUUGUGGAUGUGGGCACCGUUACUCCCGAGAUUAAUGAAGGUCUAGUGGAACUUCUGCAAACCAUUAUGGCACAUCUCGACUCUUCCAGUUCAACUGAAGAGGCCCCGCCACUGGCCAUGCCUACCUCGCCGCAGCCCCUCAUGGACGAACACGCGGGUGAAGGCCAGUCAAUUAUCCCUAUUCCAACUCAGCCCUUCGCCAAUAUAACAGUCUAUUGGACCGUCAUGUUGCCUCCCAAUCGACUCGACAUAUUUUAUUGUCCAAACCUCAUGACAUCGGUUGCCGACACCAUCUCCCUGGAUCUGGUCCUCCAGGCGAUGUGUCAUGAGCAACCAGGCAUCUUUCAGGAACUCCAAGACAACAUACCUAACAUCAAUCUGCACCUUGCAACCUCUCAAGUACCGAUUCCUCCAGUGGGUGAUGAUGCAUCGAGACUUCAACAAGGUGUUCAGCCAUUGGGCCGUUUGUCCGAGGCAUUCUCCUCCACCUAUCCUCUCCGUUUUGCGACCAUGGAUGCCCCAGAAACAUUGACGCUUUAUACCACCAAUUCCACCGUCAUGAACCCAGAAUCAAAGCUAGUGGUUCUGCAUAUUUACUUUCGGGCUGUGUAUAUGCCUCUCUUCCCCAAUCUACUUCAGCAAAAUGUCCAGUCUGCAUCAUCUAUCAUUACCCCAGCAACCGAACAUCUUGAGGAUGCAAGCCAUGGAAUCGUGGAUCGUCUCAAUUCCUUGUAUCCUUCAGAAAGAGCUAGCUUUCUACGUCUCAACACCAAAGUCUUUGGCACAGCAUACACGAAAAUACGUACUGUACGGAUUGUCGAUACCAUCAUGGAUCAGCUGGGCAUGUCCCUGUCUUCCCGGCAUGAAGGCCACUUGGCCGAUGGCACCACUGUCUCUGAAGAAAGUGUCUAUGAGUGGGCGGGUUUACAAGCUGGGACUCAUCAGAACAGCCGGACAUUUGCGAAGAAAACCUAUUGCUUGUGGAAGACAUUAGAAGCUCGUGUCGCCUCUACUUCUCUUACUGCGGAGCAACAAAACCAGCUGGCUGUUCUAAAACGCCUGUUCGCCACUGAGGAGAUAUCUGCAACAUGGAAGCAGGAGUCAGGGCUUGACAAUGUGACGAAACAAACUGCUGGCCUCAGGAAGUCCACUGUGGAGAAGAUGAUAGAUGCUUGGACACGCACAGAGGCUCUCGACGAGUACGGUACAAUAUCAUGGGAGUAA